AUGCUGGGCGAGCAACUUGUAACCCACGAACAAGAAAAGCGCUAUCUCGAGGCCCGAAUACACGAUGGUUCACAGCAACAGGACAAAGAGAACAAGUCAACCAAGGCAUCUUCCGAAGGACAAUUAGGUGCGGCUCGUCAGGAGGAUGAGCAAAAGCGGUAUGAGCAAAAGAUUAGCAGUCUUAAAGAGCAGAUGCUCGAAGAACACUGGAAGUGGGAUGCGCACUUGCGAGAAGUGAAAGACACCUACGAAACUCGCAUAAAAGAUCUAGAGGUCAGCUUUGCCGAGCGGAUGAAGAACGAAUACGAGAAACAUUGCGAACAAACGCGGGAAGAGAUGGGGAGCCAUCAAAUGACAGUGAAUGAGUAUGAGUCAAAUGUCGCUCGAUUGAAGCUCAAUGCGGAACGAGAAGGACGGCUGUUGCGCGAAGAUUUACAAACUCAGCAAGAGAAACUUCGAGAAGAACAAAAGCGACACGAGAAGGAUCUCAAACGACAGGAAGCCGGACUGACCAAGAAGCACACGCAAGACAUCUUGCAGCUUCAGACCACCCUGGCGGAGCAGAGACAAGAAGUUUCUCAUCUCAGACAUGUCAAGGCCAAAGCUGACGAAGAAAGACUGCGCAUGCGCGAUGAAGUACGGGCGAGAACCACUCAGUUCAGCGAGGAACAACAACGACUUCGAGAAUUGCUCAAGAAACAAAAUGCUGAGCUAGUAGAGAAACAUACCCUCGAAAUUACGCAGCUUCGAUCAGCAAACGAGGAGUUAAAGCAGGCAUUCAUCGACAAGGCCUACCCACAGCGCACGAAAGCUCGAAGUGUUAAGGUGAUGCGAUACCGUGACAUCUCUACUCAAUUCUUUUCAGUAGUGAGUCAGGUACAAGACUUCACGAAUCUAGAAUGGGACAUGCGCCGUGAAGUGGAAUGGCCAUUCUCCAACGACCAACUGUUACGCAUCCACAAAUGGCCUAGUAUACCUGCGGCAACUGAAGCCCGUCGCUACGAGGCGGCCAGGGCGGUUCUCGAUCUAAUGAACCCAUCAAGUGAAACCACACCUGAUGAGAAAAAGCUGAAAGCCAGCUAUGAAGCUACCAUCACCUCGCUUCUGAGUGCAAUACACCAGGUACUAUCUAAGAUAGCUGUUCUCGAACCGAAGGACGCCGAGGCGUUAGAGACUCUUAUACGCCUCUGCGCGAAGACAUGGAUGGAACUCUGCUCGCAACCAUACAGAGUAAUGAUGAUCCUGCCACCAGGAAGCGGUGACCUGCUGUCGUCGCCACAUCCCGAUGAAAGGCCACUCAAACUGAUCGUUAGCCCAGAACUGAAGAGGUAUGGAAAUAUGCAGGGCGAAGACUUGAUGAAGGGUGAGGUUUUCACGAGGUGUCAGGCUGUUGUGCAGCAGUACCCGGUCGAGCCAACAGGUUCUUGA